AUGGAAGACUCACUCAUUACGUCUGAAAUACAUCCAACUUCUGGACACAUUUUGAAUACUGGUUUCAUGCCUUUUGGCACCAGCAGCGAUCAUCAACCCAACGAGGCGUCCGAGACGCAACCCGAUAUCACAGAAACAUUAAGUGACCAACUACAAAACCUUCACUUGCAGAUUUCAUUGCCUGAUUCUAGGCCAUCAAGCACUGAAUGCAGUCCCAAUAUUAUACCUGCAACUCUUGCCGACAGUCGCCGAAACUCAGACGACACUCCAGAUGUAAUGGAGCUAGAUGAAGACACCACAGUCCCAAAGCCAUUCCAUCGCUGGAUUAGAUCUCUACGCCGGCGAGCAGCUCACAAGCGAGCCACUGGAGAUCAUCGUCGUGACGAGAGCCUUUUUUCGUCGCCAAAUCAGAGCCGUCAGCAAAGUCCAAGUGGCCGAUGCAAAGCUCAGUCGUCCUCCGGCUCGUCUUUCAACCUUCUUACCACGGUGCGCAGCGCAGCUGUAAGUACACUAAGUAUAGGUGCGGCUAUAAACCCCAAUACCGGAGUUAAGCCAUCACGAGAUGCUUCUCUAUCGGAUGAAAAUAUUACCAUGGGCCAUCCUGAACGAAGUGCCAGUAAGGAGAGCCUCAGCCAGCGUCCACAGCACACGGCAUCUAGGGAGCGGAGCUUCCAGCGACGACGAAUCUUGGAAGAACUAAUCAAUACUGAAGAGGGUUAUCUUGGGGAUUUAAGGUUCCUAAUGAAUGUCUACAUAACGUUAUUCUCGUCGGUGCCUGCUCUCUCCGAUAGCUUUCGAGCCGCAAUAAGUCACAACUUGUCUCAAAUGAUUGAGCUUCACGAUGAGAUAUUGGGCGAGCUACACCGUGCAGUUCCCAAUUCUCAAUACAGUGCCACAGAAACACAUCCUCCAAAGCCAUCACCAAUACAUAGUCAAUCACACCCUCAUUCUUUGGUGACGCACCGCCGUUGUGUGAGUCUUGAUGCUGUUGUGGACAAUGUUCAAAUCGACAGAUCCGAUCAAAAUCAUCAGGGCAUGGCUGUUGAGCCGCAGGUCGUAGGUGAGGUGGCCAGAAUCUUUGGACGAAAGAUAAAGAGAUUCUUCGUAUAUACGGAAUACAGCGCUCGAUAUGAAGCAAUAAUACAAGACCUGCUUACCAGGCAUGCUGACUUGACUACAUGGUCCGUUUACCAGCGUGGGUUGGAGAAUCUUGCAGCUAUCUUGGACUCGUGUAAGAACUCUGAUGAGGCAUCCCGUCGAGCCAUGACCGUUAGAGAUCUUCUUAUCAAACCCAUUCAACGAGUGUGUCGCUACCCUCUAUUAUUUUCCGAACUUCUAAAACACACCCCCGAAGUAGAUUGUCCGAACUCUCGCAUGGAAAUUGAAAACAGUCUGUUUAGGCUGAGAGAGGCCACUACAGAAAUCAACCGUGCCGCUGAUGAUUUAGACAUGAAGAAUAUCCUCCAACGUACCUAG